AUGACAUCAAAAGUCGAAAUAUCGAAAAAAAUAAUAGCAUUAUUAAACACAUUACCAAAGGAGAAAUUAAAGCAUUAUGCUUCAUUUAAGGAUUCCCAGAUACAAAGAUUUUCUAACCAAAACCUUGUCAGUCAAAUUUCUGAACAAGAUUUAAAAUUACAAUAUGUUGCCUUGAAGAACUUAUGCAAUGACAAAUAUAAGAACUACUACGAGUUAGAUGAUAAAUUAUUAAAACCUAAGGGUAAUCCACAAUAUUAUCAACGUAUAAUGGAUGAGUUGAAUGGUGAAAGAAAAGAAAACUUGAUGAGUGCUAUAAGAACAGUGGUCUUCGGAAAAUAA